AUGUCCGACGUUGAUGACGAGCUCCUUGCCCUCGCUGGUGGCGGCGAGUCCUCGGACGAAGAUGUUCCCCCACAGCGCAAACGGCGCUCGGCCGCCGCAUCUGACGAUGAAGACGACGACGACGAUGCGCCCGUGAGCAGACACCGCAGCCGGAGCCAGUCCGAGUCACGCCCGGUGUCCCGCGGGGACGACAACCACCCACGCAAAAACGACUCGCCGAGCUCCGCCGGCAUGUCCGUGAAGAAGCCGACCAAGGCCAGACGGCGGGCACAGUCCGACGAUUCAGAGGAGGAGGGCGAGGCCUCAUCGCAACCCGGUACCCCCAGCUCGCAACAAUCAGCACCCAUGGACGAGUCCGACUCGGAGUCGGACGCCGAUGUGACAACCACGAAGAAGUCGCGGGCUGCCGCGGCCGCUGCUGUGGCCGACGACGACGACGAUGACGAGAAUAAGUACCCCGUCGACGGUCUCUUUGCGACGCACGAGGAGAAGGAAGAGAUUAUGGGCAUGCGCGAGGUGGAGCGUGAGCAGAUUCUGGCCGAGCGCGCCAUGGAAAAGGACCGCAUCCACCAAAACAAGCUCCUGCGCAGCCUCGUGAGCAACGACGAACAGCGUAAGAAGCGGUCGGCGAGCGCGGCCGACCUCGACGAAGGCCAGCGCAAGACAUCGCGCGUGCGCACAAAGCUGGGCGGCACCAAGGUUGGUGAGACGCACUCGGCCAUUGACACGCUCAAGAGCCGGCGUGCCGAGAAGAGCGAGCGCAACCGGCGGCGCGAGGAGGACCGUGAGCGGCGGAAAGACCGGCCGUCGUCGCGCGGCGGGCGCAGCGACAGCAGUCGCUCGGACGACGAGGACGAUGACGAUGGCUAUGAGCCGGGCGACGCCGACAGCGACGUGGAGUGGGCCAAGCCCUCCAAGAAGUCGCGGUCGCCCGAGCUCAAGGUCAGCCAGGUUGCGGAGCUGCGGGACGUGGAGCGCGUGCGUCUCAGCCGCAGCCGUUUUGGCCAGGUGUGCUUUUACCCUGGUUUCGAGGAGAAAAUCACAGGCACCUUUGUCCGGAUAUCUAUCGGCCCUGAUCCGGAGACGCGCGAGCCUGUCUAUCGCAUGGCACUUGUCAAGGGCUUCACCAAAGGCAAACCGUACGCCAUCUCGGGCCCGCAGGGCCAAAUGAUUGUCACGGACCAGUAUGUCCUGGCCGCACACGGAAAGGCCCAGAGAGAAUGGCCCUUCCUUGCAUGCUCUGACAGCCCAUUUACUGAGCUUGAUAUUAACACCACCACCCAGUCUGAGUGGUCGCGGUACCAGAAGGUGUGCCACGCCGAUGGCGUAUCCGUUCCAAAAAGGGGCCUGCUGCUCAACAAGGCGGACGAUAUCAACCAGCUGAUCAACCGCAAGUGGACCGAGCAGGAGCUCGUCGAAAAAGUCGACCGCCAACAGGAGCUCAAGAGCCGCUUCAACGGCGUCGACCGCCUGCGCCUCGAGACCGCCAUCAAAGAGGCCAAGGCCCUCGGCAACGCUGAGCGUGCACAGAAGCUGCAGGAGGAGCUCGACAGCCUCGAGACCCCCCGCCUCGCCUUCCGCACGUCCCUCACUGCAUCGACCAAGACCAGCAACGAGCCGUCGCAGCAGGAGCGCCUCGCCCGUCUCAAUGCUGAGAACCGCCGACGCAACGCCGAUGCUGUGCGCAAAGCGCAGCUGCGCGAGCGCAAGAAGGCGCGCGAGAUUGAGCGCAAAAUUGAGAAUGGCGAGGAGGUCGAGGAGGACACGUCUCGGCGUGUCAAGACGCGGGCCAAGUUUGUGCACGACAUCAAUGACAAUGGCGCCACGCCCGAGAGGAAGCCCGGCAGCCAGGCGGGCAGCGGUGCGAGCACACCGGCCAACGGCACACCGCGCCUUGGCGCACAAAAGAGCGGUUCUGGACUCCUGCCGCACCUGGCCAAGCUGCAGCAGCAACAGCGGGCGACAGCCAAGAACGGCCUGCCCGUGCUCCACAAGCCGAUUGUGGACGACGACAUUAUUGCGUCGCUCGAUCUUGACAUUGACGACAACAUCUUUGACGACUAA